AUGUCCCCCAACCUUGUACCGGUGUAUCCCAUCGACUCGAUCGAGACUGACUAUAUCUCGUCCAAGGUUGUCGACACCGAUCCUGUUGGACAUCUUCCUGUUGGACAUCUUCCUGCGAACACUAGUGUUGCUAUGGCGAGCAAGGAUGUGUGUGAGCUCGAAGCUGAGUGGUGGUCGAAUGAGAGGGAUCUCGAGAGACUCAGAGACCAGUCUGACCUGGCCUGGCGCGAUGCUGACUCUGUGUGCGAUCUGGUGGGGGCCAUCUACGGUUGGAUUAGCAAGCUCGAAGUCACGAUCACUACCUAG